CACUGCAAGCUUAGUAAAAAGAGAACUGGGAGAACGGGAGAACUGAGAACUGUGUUUUGGCAGUGUUUUGCACCGCCAAUGCUGGGAUUUUGAACCUUGUUGUGCACCAUUUCCCAUCGGUUCUCACCCCCCCAACUUUCCCCACAUUCUUGAAUGAAUGUCCCAGGCUUGCACCAGGUCAGCAACAUUCCAACCCUAGACUUGCACCAAGUCAGCAACAAUCCAAUCCUUGUCCUGCACCUUGUUUCAACCCUUGCCUUGCACCCCGGAGGGGGCACGUGUUAAGCAUACCGGCUGCUUUGCAAUCCAUAACCACAUUGAUUAUGUCUUCUUACGGAGGCUGGUCUUCGUCCUUUCCCUUCUCAGGCAAAAUAGCUUAUUUAGCUGCUUGUUUUUGUUAGUGUUUUUGCAGAAGACAGCUCGGAAUGCCAUUGCGUUUUUUGAGGCGAUUACCUCAGACAACUUACCGUGGACUGUGCACCUUUGGAGCUGCACUUGAGCGACUGUGCAUUGACUAGAGAGGGCUUCAACAGCCUGGCCUCCGCUUUGGAGGAGAGCCCACUUUUCCCAAAGCCUACUAGCAGUCCAACCGUUGGCAUGCCCCUCUACUUGAGACUGGAGGGAAAUUACAUCAACGAGGACGCCAUCAAAGAAAAGGUUUCAAGCGGCAUCAUCCGGCCGUUUAACAAAACCCCCACCACGAGCAAGACCGCACCGAUGGAUGGGCCCAAAGCCAACUUAGUGGUGAAGGGCAGCACCUUUGGGCAGAAGCAGGGGGAUCCACCUGCACCAGAGAACGCACCGCCACCCAAGGAGGUCUUUGAUCGAAACCAACAGAGGCCGCAGCAGGACUGGAACCCGAUGAUGUGGAUGAUGGGAAAGGGUUUCUGGUGGGGCCCUAAGGGCAUGCAGAAAGCAGGCAUGCAGAAAGGGUACAUGCAGAAAGGUGGGGUGUUCAAAGGUGCCAUGCAGAAAGGCAUGAUGGCACUGCCAGCAGGCAAGGGACCGCAAGGAAAAGGAAAGGACCCAGCUACAGCAAAGCCGUCAUCUCAGAAAAGACAGCCUGAGCAGCAACAAUGGCAACAGCAGUCGGCGCCGGAGCAGCAAAGCUGGGACAAAUCAAAGGCACAGGGCUGGCAAGGCUGGGAGCAAAAGCAGGAAGACUGGAAGCAAGACUUGGGUAGCUGGAAGACAGAUGAUGAGACAGAAGACUGGAAAGAGCAACAGGACUGGACAAAUGCUGAGAAGUGGCAAAAAGGCCAGCAAGGUGCAAGUGGAAACUCCUGGAACGGCAAGGACUCCUGGCCUCAAGCCCAGGAGUGGAAGCGCCAGGAGGGUCGGCGCUGGAACUCGGCGCAAGGAAACACCAGCGCCGAUAGAUCCAGGACUCCAGCUCCAAGGC